GAGUACGAUGGUGAACGCAAUUCAGAAGGUGAGAGACAUGGACGUGGAAAAGCACACCUACCCAAUGGCGAUACAUAUGAUGGAGAAUAUGAACACGGUUUCAGAAGUGGACGGGGGACCUACAGAUUUAGAAGUGGUGCUUGCUACACUGGAGAAUAUCUUCAAAACAAAAAGCAUGGCCAGGGUAUUUUUUUUUAUCCAGAUGGAUCAAAAUAUGAAGGAGACUGGGUGAAUGACCAGAGACACGGCUAUGGAGAAUAUACGUAUGCAAAUGGAGACGUCUAUACUGGAGAAUGGUUUAACCACAAUAGGCACGGGCAAGGUACAUAUGUCUAUAAAGACACAGGAACUAAGUACGUUGGUGCCUGGGUAAAUGGAAACCAGGAAGGAGAAGCUGAACUUAUCCACCUAAACCAUAGGUUUAAGGGCAAGUUUUUGAAUGGAAAUCCUGUAGGUCGUGGCAAAUAUGUCUUUGAUAUUGGAUGUGAACAGCAUGGUGAAUAUGUACAGUCAGAGCAGGAAAAAGGAGAGGGAGAGGAAGAGGAGGAACCCUCGUUACUUGUUGCACCAAAAUGGAAAGCAUCAGAAAUUACCAAAUUAACGCUCUGGACUCCCCAUGGGGAGAACCCACCUCCUCCCAGAGAAGCCCCCUUAUUACAGAAGAAUUUGUGGGAUUUCUCAUUCACUGAUGAGUCUGCUGAGGGUAGGGAUGAUGAGCCUUCUCUUCAUCAAGUAUCCAGUGAAGCUUUUAGCCCAGCAAGGGAUGCAGGAGAGGAAGAUGAGGGAAGCAGAGAGGAAGAAGAAAACAAAGAUCAGGAAGAUCAAGGAACUACCAGUUUAGAGGGUAAGAAGGAUGAAUCAAAGGAAGCAGAGUAA